GGUCUCCUCCUCUAUCGCAUCGCACCGCAACAAUCGCAAAAUAAACGCCGACUUACACCCAACAACCACACGGCACCGCACAACAAAAUGGCCUCCCCAACGAACUCUGUGAGGAUAAUUCGGCGGCUUCCUUGAGCUGAGCAGUUUUUACUGACUUUGCGAUGCGAAAACCAGCCCCUGCCGCCCAAGCGCCUUGAGCAGAUCGCUACCGACGUGUGCAACAGCACCUUCGCCAGCGUCGAAUACUAUGAGCACCCCAAGACCGCACAAUGGAAUGAGGCCAUCAUUGUACGUUUCCGCCACGUUGUCUAGUCCUCUGUCCCUGCCCGCCUGCUUUUCCAUACCGCCUUCUCCGCAUCGACAAAAUCAGAACAUUUCUCCUCUUCGACCCGGUGAACGAGCGAGGGGUCUUCGUGUGCGCGCCAGUAUAGAGAAGGAUCCCACGUUAACUGACCUCCGGUUCCAGCAAAAAAUGCUCAAGGCGGUAAUGUCUGAAGCGACCCCCCAAGGCGCCACAACCCCGGCCUACAAGUUCGCCGUCAACAGCACCAUCGUGCAGCACGUAGUGCCCACCUCGCAACUCAACAAGGCCACCAGCACAAGUACAUCGACCGGCACCGGCCCCGAGGGCGAGUCGACCUCGUCGGAGGCUGCCGCCCCUGCCGCCAGCAAGAAGGGACAGGCGGGCCGCCGCGGUAUGCACAGCGCGACGGCGGGCUACUGGAACGAGAAGACGGACGGCAUGUGGAGCUUCAAGUAUGAUGGCGAGGCAAAGGGGCUCGAUGUUGUCAUCAUGCUCAUUUGGAUUGCCCUCUGAUAUUGUGGUUACAAAGAGAAGGAGGAGAUGCGUGAGUUCCACCCGGUUCACCCCUUAUGAUGUGGGGAUGAUGGAUGGAUGGAGAGGCGCAUGGUGAGGGACAGGGAGCCCGGAGUCAGUAUACCAAACAAGCGAGAAGAACAAUAAUUUACUCUGUAAUGAUAUCACAACCUUAUCCAUAUGGUACUGAAUGACAGAGAUGAACGUGAGCCGUCCGUGGUGGCCUCAUCGGUUGGAUUAUCACAAAGGGGGCUGUCGUAGCUGAACGGGGGUCCUCGAUGGUGUGGUUAUAUUGAAGCGGCUAUAUGACUUCGAAGUCGGCAUAACGGUCGCAAGAUAAUAAUGCCUGCUAAAAUCAAAGGACCAAUACUUGUCAA